GAGUGCUUUAGCUGUGCCGUUGGCGAAGUCUUUACAGCGCGUCUUGUCUUCAAAUCGCAUAUUAAGGCAUUUCAAAUUUUUUCUGCUGCUUUCAAAUAUCGGAGUUGAAAUUUUGGAGUGUUUUUUCCGUUUGUUUACAUAAACAGUUAAGCAACGUGCGCGCCUUAUUGCAAUAACGGUACAAUGUUAAAUCUUUAAAAUCUAACGAAAAUUUGGUUAACUCGUUAAGUUCGUGUCCGAUUACUAUAAAAAGUGGCUAAUAAGCAAGUAAUAUAAUUCACAAGUGCGUGUCUCACACAUACAUAUACAUACAAACAUCUGUGCAUACCUCACAAAAGUGAAGCUAGUCAAACUAACAACUUUUAGUUUAUAAAGAAAAAAAAUCGUAAAGCAACUSCGUAAAAUAGCGCUUAACGACGCAACUACAACAAUAAUAGCUACUAACAAACCGGUGCUACAACUAUAGCGUGCAGUCCACCAUUCUUACAAGAAUCUGCACCAAAAGCCAGUGUUACCCUUUGUGCGUGUGUGCGUUUUUGUGUUCACUUUAUUUYGUGCCUAUUUGAGCGUAAAAGGAGAUCGCCGCUGUAAUGGCUCCCAAGAAAGAGGCAACCUUGAAUCUACAACAACAACAACAGCAACAAGUUUUGGAUAUCGAGCGUAUAAAGCGGCAUUUCAGCUGGUCCGAUCCAAAUGCAAUCACCAGCGAACCCGCCAUGGCCACAAAUAAUGAUGGCGGAACAGCAGCACAAUGGAAUCGGAACUCACAGGCUGCCGUGUCGGUGCGACACGCCUUUAAAACGUACGGCAAGAAGAAGAAUGCCAUUCCAGUGUUGAAUAAUCUAAUGAUGACCGUACCAAAGGGCACAAUCUACGGCCUACUCGGGGCCUCAGGUUGCGGCAAGACCACACUACUCUCGUGCAUUGUCGGGCGACGUCGCCUGGAUUCGGGUGAGAUCUUCGUGCUCGGCGGCAAACCAGGCACACUCGGUUCGGGCGUGCCUGGCAAACGCGUCGGCUACAUGCCACAAGAGAUCGCCCUCUACGGCGAGUUCUCUAUACGUGAGACAAUGAUGUAUUUCGGCUGGAUAUUCGGUAUGGGCACCAAAGAGAUCAUGGAACGUCUACAGUUUCUUUUGAAUUUCCUCGAUUUGCCGUCGGAGAAGCGUUUGGUGAAGAAUUUGAGUGGUGGUCAACAGCGACGUGUCUCCUUUGCUGUGGCACUAAUGCACGAUCCCGAAUUGUUGAUUUUAGAUGAACCCACAGUUGGUGUGGAUCCGUUGUUGCGUCAGAGCAUUUGGAAUCAUUUGGUACAUAUCACAAAGGCUGGCCAAAAGACAGUCAUCAUCACAACACAUUACAUUGAGGAGGCGCGUCAAGCACAUACGAUCGGUCUUAUGCGUUCGGGUCAUUUGCUGGCCGAGGAGUCGCCAAGCGUUUUGCUGUCCAUGUACAAAUGCAUCAGUCUGGAGGAAGUCUUCCUGAAAUUGUCGCGCAUGCAAAGCCAGAAGGGUGAAAUCUCGAAUGUGAACUUUAGUAAUAAUAUCUCAUUACAUGCCAUGGCAUUCGGCAGUAAAAUGGAUAAGCCCAGCUCGAGUCAAGAAGGCGGUGUUGUUGGACUGAACUUCCAUCAGAGCAAAGAGGUGCUGAUCAACGAAUCGAAUGGAUCUGUCUUUACGUUAAAUCAGGAACCCUACGAUCCGCCCCAAAUAAAACGCAACAAACCCAAUGAUGAAGAGAGCUGCCAAGAUUGCUGUGCGAAUUUGUGUAAGGUCACAACUAAGGGCAAAAUGAAGGCAUUGCUGACCAAGAACUUCCUGCGUAUGUGGCGUAAUGUCGGCGUUAUGCUGUUCAUUUUCGCUUUACCCGUUAUGCAGGUGAUACUCUUCUGUUUGGCAAUUGGACGUGACCCGACUGGCUUGAAUUUGGCUAUCGUCAACAGCGAAAUGAACAACACAAACAUCUGUCAUUGGGAAGACUCUUGCCACUUCACGAAUCUCGGCUGUCGCUAUUUGAGUCAUCUGAAUGACACCAUGGAAAAGACAUACUACACGGACUUGGAGGAGGCGAAAGAUGCGGUGCGCGUGGGCAAAGCUUGGGGUGUGCUUUACAUAACGGAGAACUUUACGGACGCCUUUGUGGCGCGUGUAGCAUUGGGACGUGACGCGGAUGAUGAGACCAUUGAUCAGUCGGAAAUCAGAGUGUGGCUUGAUAUGUCCAAUCAGCAAAUCGGUAUUAUGCUGAAUCGUGACAUACAGCUGGCCUAUCGUGCUUUCGCCAUGAACUUGCUUGAUCAAUGCGGCAACAAUCCGAAGCUCGGCGAUGUGCCAAUACAAUUUAGAGAACCCAUUUAUGGCACCAUGAAUCCAUCAUUCACAGAUUUCGUUGCGCCCGGUGUGAUAUUGACCAUUGUGUUCUUCUUGGCUGUUGCAUUGACGUCAUCCGCUUUAAUCAUCGAACGCACUGAGGGUUUACUCGAUCGCUCUUGGGUCGCCGGUGUCUCACCUAGUGAGAUCCUCUUCUCGCAUGUCAUCACACAAUUCGUCGUCAUGUGUGGCCAAACAACGCUCGUACUUAUCUUCAUGUUGGUCGUCUUCGGUGUAACAAAUAAUGGCGAACUCUUCUGGGUGAUCGUGCUGACACUCUUGCAGGGUAUGUGCGGCAUGUGCUUUGGCUUCCUCAUCUCAUCGGUAUGUGAGUUGGAACGUAACGCCAUACAAUUGGCGUUGGGCUCAUUCUAUCCAACAUUGCUGUUGUCGGGCGUGAUUUGGCCCAUCGAAGGCAUGCCCAUCGUGCUGCGCUACAUAUCGCUUUGCCUGCCGCUCACACUCGCUACCACAUCGCUGCGCUCGAUAUUGACGCGUGGCUGGCAGAUCACCGAAAUGGCUGUGUAUUCCGGCUUCCUGAGUACGCUCGCGUGGAUCGUCGGCUUCCUGAUACUGACGUUGUUGGUGUUGCAAGCGAAACGUGGAUAG